AUGGCCAGCCGCGUUCCGCCUGCGGUGGCGGGAGGGGCCUAUCUCGUCUUCACCGCCAUCACCGGGGUGAUGAUCUCCUACAUCUUCUGGGCCUACACCGGCAAUACCAUCGUCCUGGCCUUUGCGCUGACCACAGGUGUGUUCGGGGUGAUGAGCGCCAUCGGCUACACCACAAAGCGCGACCUUUCGGGCCUCGGGACGAUGCUGAUGAUCGGCCUGUUCGGCGUGAUCAUAGCCGGGGUGGUCAACUGGUUCAUCGGCUCCAGCAUGCUGUCGUGGAUCAUCACGCUGGUGGCGCUGCCCAUCUUCCUGGGCUUGACGGUUUAUCAGACCAAGCAGGUCAAGGAGCUGGCCAUGGAGGCAGCGAUGCGCGGCGACGAGCGGGCCGCCAGCCAGGUGGCGAUCAUGGGCGCCGUGGGUCUGUAUGUUACCUUCCUGAACAUCUUCCUGAUCCUGCUGCGGAUCCUGGACAUCUUCAACGGCGAUUAG